AUGCGUCUCUCUGUUAUCCUGUUGCUUUCUGAAUCAACAGCUCUCGUUGCCUCUGGCAGCACGCUGUCCAUCGAGACCGACGCUAAACCAAGGUCACUCCGGUCAAUCAAGUAUGCUGCCUACGCGGAAGAAGAACGCGGACUUGGCUUCAAUGCAAGCGAGCUAAAGAUUUUGAAGGGUUUGUCAAAUACUCAAUUCCACAGAAUGGCGAACGACCGCGAGUAUCUGAAAAUGAUUUUCACCUCGUGGAAACAAGGGAUGAAGUCGCACGAAGAGGCUGCACGGUACAUGAGAAGCGAAGGCGUUAGUGAUUCCGCGAUACGGCACUUCCUGGCAGCGUAUCAGCAACACAAGACUUAG